AUGAAGUGGGUGCCGCCCAUAAUGGGUAGCGCUGCCGCAAGCGGAGAGGGAAAGGCGGUGGUGUUCAAGUCAAAGCUGAAAUGGGUUGGCCUGGUUGGCCUUGUUCUAUCAACUUUCUCUCUCUUCACACACUUUCUUCUUGCCAGAUACACUGCUGGGACUGCUCUCUCUGAGUAUCAAUCUUCCAUCACCAUUUUCUCUUGGAGGCCCAUUUUUGACACUGCAGAUCUUUCCACCACUAGUGCAUUACAGAGAAGACUUUGGGGGCCGAUAAAGCAUCUUGAAUCUUUACAUCCUUAUGCCAAUCCCCGGGGAAACUAUCCGGCUCCAGUUUUGCAAACAAAUGGAUUCAUCUUUGUAAAAGUAAGAGGGGGUUUUAAUGAGAUCAGGAACUCGAUUUGUGAUAUUGUUGUCGUUUCUCGACUGCUCAAUGCUACGUUGGUCAUUCCUGAGAUUCAAUCCACGACAAGCAGCAAGGGAAUUAGCACAGAGUUUAAGAGUUUUGCCUACCUCUAUAAUGAGGAUCAGUUCAUGUCUGCUUUAGCAGAAGAUGUCAAAAUUGUCAAAACACUUCCAAAGAAUCUGAAAGGAUCAAGGAGAAAGAAGGAAAUUCCUUCUUUUAGAGUAUCCAGCACAUCAUCUCCAUCUUUCUAUCUGCAUUAUGUUCUGCCAGUAUUGGCUAGGCACUCGGUGGUUGAGAUUGUUGUGGCUGAUGGUGGAUGCUUGCAGCCUGUACUUCCACCAAAUCUUGAAGAGUAUCAAAGACUCCGAUGUAGGGUUGCUUUUCAUGCUCUAAGGUUGAGAGACGAGGUCCGGGAACUUGCCGCAAAAAUUCUGUACAGGUUGAGAGCUUCUGGGAGGCCAUUUAUAGCCUACGAUCCAGGAAUGACUAGAGAUGCUUUAGCGUAUUAUGGUUGUGCCGAACUCUUUCAGGAUGUACAUACCGAACUCAUCCAACAUAAGCGAGCAUGGAUGAUAAAACGCGGAAUUGUCAAGGGGAACCUUUCAGUGGAUUCGGCCAAACAACGUCUUAGUGGGUUAUGUCCGUUGAUGCCGGAGGAGGUUGGUAUAAUUCUUCGAGCAUAUGGCUACGCACGGGACACAAUUAUUUACGUAUCUGGGGGAGAGGUCUUUGGUGGACAGAAGAAAUUAAUUCCACUCCACGCUAUGUUUGAGAAUGUUGUAGAUAGAACUUUGUUAAGCAUGCCAUGGGAGUUGAAUCAAAUGUAUGGCCGUGAAGCUAAUCUUGUCGACAAAACUCCUAAAAUGCCCCCUCCAGCUAAAGAAGAAAAAAAAAUGGAAGCAUGGAAAACUUCCGGACCACGUCCUCGUCCACUUCCGCCACCACCUGCACGUCCAAAAACAUACAAUAUCGAAGGUUGGUGGGGAUGGGUAGCCGAGAGUGACAAUGAACCGGAAAGUACAGUCAUGGAGUUGAGAACCAAUGCUCAUAAAUUGCUAUGGGAAGCAAUAGACUACAUGAUCUGUGUGGAAGCAGAUGUGUUCAUUCCUGGAUUUGAUCGUGAUGGUAAAGGAAGCCCAAAUUUUGCUAGCCUGGUAAUGGGACACCGACUCUAUCAAUCUGCUGCCUCUAAAACAUACCGCUUCGACAGGAAAGAAAUCGUCAAGCUUUUAGAAGAGAUUCGUGAUCAAUUUUACCAAGCCAAUCAUACAUGGAUAACAUCAGUACGCAGACAUCUUAGAAAAAACAUAGUCGAUGGAUUAACUAAGGAAUCCACAAUAUCAAAACCGCUCUCUUUUCUCUCGUUCCCAGUUCCUGAGUGCUCUUGCUCGAAGACAAACUUGACCAAAGUAUCAUCUCGUGCUUCGAGCCCUUCAUCAAACUCCCGGUUUCCUGCUGCUCUUGGAGCUAUCCAUCAGUGUCCAUCUUGGAUGAAUGCUGAUAUGGUUUCUGGACCAAGGGGCGAUGAAAGUGAAGAGGAUCUUGAUGAAGACGAUUUCUCAUCUACUGCACUUCUCUUCCGGCAGAGUAGUGAAAAUAACGAAGGAGGGGGUGAAAUGAGCAAUAAAGAAGACACUCAAAUUGAGGAUCAAGAAGAACUUGAAGGUGGUGAAAGAUGA